AUGGAAAAAAAAGAAUUUCGUGUGUUGAUAAAACAUUACUUUUUAAUGAAAAAAAGUGCUGCCGAUACCAAAAAAUGGCUUGAUGAGUGUUAUCCAGACUCUGCACCAGGCGAAGCAACAAUUCGUAAGUGGUUUGCAAAAUUCCGUACUGGUCAUAUGAGCACCGAAGACGAUGAACGCAGUGGACGCCCAAAAGAGGCUGUUACCGAUGAAAAUGUGAAAAAAAUCCACAAAAUAAUUUUGAAUGAUCGUAAAGUGAAGUUGUUGGAGAUAGCUGACACCUUAAAGAUAUCAAAGGAACGCGUUGGACAUAUUAUCAUGAAUAUUUGGAUAUGA